GGAGCAGGAGCCAUGUCCCUAUGCUCCUUGGCCCUCAUGUUCAUCUUGACAAUGGUUUCUGGUAUCAUGUGCAAUGGGACAGAGGUCUGUAUCGGAAGUGCAGGCAUUCCUGGUACUCCUGGAACCCAUGGGCUGCCCGGCAGGGAUGGGAGAGAUGGUAUCAAAGGAGACCCAGGACCUCCAGGCCCCAUGGGUCCUCCUGGAGGAAUGCCAGGUCUCCCUGGGCGUGAUGGGCUCGUAGGGGCCCCUGGUGCCCCUGGAGAGCAUGGAGAAAAGGGGGAGCCUGGUGAGAGGGGCCCUCCAGGGAUUCCAGCUUAUCUGGACGAGGAGCUCCAAACAGACCUCUAUGAGCUCAGACAUAAAGCCCAGCAGCUAAUGGGAGUCCUCCGCUUGCAGGGUUCUGUGUUGGCAGUGGGAGAGAAGGUCUUCUCCACCAGCGGGCAGUCGGCCAACUUUGAUGCUAUUAGAGAGAUGUGUGCCAGAGCAGGUGGUGACAUUGCUGUCCCAAGGAGUUCAGAGGAAAACGCAGCCAUCGCCAGCCUUGUGAAGAAAUACAACAUUUAUGCCUACCUGGGCCUGGAUGCGGGGCCCACCCCUGGAGAUUUCCAUUACCUAGAUGGGGCCCCUGUAAACUUCACUAGCUGGUACCCAGGGGAACCCAGGGGUCGGGGCAAAGAGAAGUGCGUGGAGAUGUACACAGAUGGGACAUGGAAUGAUAAGAACUGUCUGCAGUACCGACUGGCCAUCUGUGAGUUUUGA